CGUGCGCGGUAGGAGCAUUGCAGUGCAGCCCGUGCAGUGGGUCUCGUCGGUGCGCACCUUGCCGCUCUGGGGAGCGCUAGUCAGCGGCGCCCUGAAGGUGCCUGUGAAGAGAGUUGAGGCUGGACCGCGGAACGCCCUGAGCUGUCUGUGGAGCGGGGCAGAUCGCCGCUGAAGGGCUGAAGCGCGGCCAAGGUCACUGGUAGAAGAGAGAGAGAGAGCAGUUCCUGACAAUGUCAAGGAGAAAGUUGGAGAAUAAAAGCCUUUCAGGCUUGUUAGCUACAUCUCUGCAGACACAAAUCAAGACGGACAAUUUCCACCAUUUUUAUAUGCUUGAAUCGAAGGAGUUAGGAAGAGGUAGAUGUGCUGUAGUGCGAAAAUGUAUAGCUAAAUCCACAGGCCAAGUGUAUGCAGCUAAAUUCCUGAAGAAAAGAAGAAGAGGUCAAGAUUGCAAAGCUGAGAUAUUUCAUGAGAUUGCUGUACUGGAAUUAAUGAAAUCUAAUCCUCGCAUAGUUAAUCUCCAUGAAGUCUAUGAAACGGCAAAUGAAAUUAUCUUAGUGUUGGAAUAUGCUGCUGGAGGAGAAAUGUUUGACUUGUGUGUCCCAGAUCUGGACGACAGAAUUGGCGAAAGGGAUAUUGUAAGACUUAUAAGACAGAUACUUGAAGGACUUUGCUGCUUGCAUGAAAACAAUAUUGUUCAUCUUGACUUAAAGCCUCAAAAUAUUUUGCUGAGCAGUGUCAAUCCUCUGGGUGAUGUAAAAAUUGUAGAUUUUGGUAUGUCUCGGAAGCUUGAGAGUUGCAGUGAGCUGCGGCAGAUCAUGGGCACAACAGAGUACUUAGCUCCAGAAAUCUUGAACUAUGAUCCCAUCACCACAGCCACAGAUAUGUGGAACAUAGGUGUCAUUUCAUAUAUGCUGCUGACACUGGAAUCUCCAUUUGUGGGAGCUGAUAAUCAAGAAACAUACCUUAAUAUAUCUCAAGUUAAUGUGGAUUAUUCAGAGGAAACUUUCUCAUCAGUUUCACAGCCUGCUAAAGACUUCAUUCAAAAACUACUUAUAAAAAACCCGGCGGAAAGACCCACAGCGAAGGCCUGUCUUUCUCACUUGUGGUUGCAGCAAGGGGAGUUCAUGCUCUUGUGCAGCCCUGAAGAAACUUCUUGCUCUUCUCCAAUGGCAGAACAUACAGCAAAGUGCUUGGCAGAGUGGCACAUCAAACCCGUCUGUAAUGGUACCUGUAGCAACAAGGAAGACAAGGAAAACAUCCCAGAGGACAGCAGUACAGUCUCCAAGCGUUUCCGUUUUGAUGAUUCCUUGCCAUAUCCCCAAGACUUGAUGACAGACUUUGUAUGCUAGUGUGUGCUGCAGCCUUCAGAAGUGUGUUUAGUGUAGAUGCACAGUUGUUCCAGUGGGGAACGUGAGAGGUGGUGUGCUGCUGCGUGUGGCAUUGGCAUACUGGAAAUGCACUUUGAUUCUCUUAUGCUGGUGCCUCCUUUUCUGUCCAUUGCUGGCAAUGGAUUUAAGCCCUAAGGAACUGUGGUUCUUGCACCAAUAAAAUGAAUUAUUUUUUUAAGAAGAUAUAAUUAAAUAUUUUUGCACUCCUCAAAUUUUUAGUUGAAAACUGAUGCUAGAUUUAACAAGCUCAGACCUGAAAGUAAGUUUGUUUAAAUGGAAGCUGUGCCAAGCAGUAGUGGAAUACAGAUGUGCUUUUAUGGCUAGCCUUAAGAAAUUGGUCUAAGCACAGAAACUGCAUCUCGCUACCUUGUGGCCUUAUUCUAGCUGUUCUCAUCGCUUUGCAUGGAAGCUGAUGGUGGUAUGUUUGGGAAGUAUAACUCUUUUCUUGGGGCUGUUUGGAAAGCUGCUUCCUCGCUAGGAUCAGUAGUAGUUCAGGAGGUGUUUCUACCUUAGAUCUGGUCCACUUCAGGACUGUUGUACACACUCCGUUUUCUCUGUGUUGGAUCUCUGCAAAGCUUGAACAGAAGUGGGUUGCCAGUCCCUGUGCCAGUGGUCCUUUGCUGCUUGUUUGAAAGGGAUGAGAGUUCCAUGCUGAUUAGGAUAUCUGAAAGAUUUGUUAGUUUGCUUUCAUGAAGUCUCUGAAGUAUUAUCAUCUUCCUGUGGUGACACCUAUUCCUCAUCUUAAGAAGCACGCAAAACCCCCUAAACUAGAAAGCCUUUUCAGAGUUAAAAGUAGUAACCGAAUAAAGUGAUGACUAUUUCUGCCAGUGAAGAUGCAAUGAAAAGGUUUUUGUGAUGCCCAUCUUGUGGGCAUUUUCCUGUCAGUUAUUACCCAUAACUUUACCUCAUGCCCACUUUGAGAAAUGGACUGCAGCCUCACAGUACCUAGUAAUUAGUUCAAGACUUUAAACAUGUCUUUAGUAGUUUGUUGCUUUCAAGUUGUAUCUCCCUCCACUUCCUGUUUUUAGGCUUUGAGGAAAGUUCUGACUUGGAGGAAAUAUCAGUUAUGCCUUAACAGCCUGGAACAAAUACUGACAUGAGAAAAAUCCUAAUACUCAGGCUGGAAAUCUUUGUGUAGGGAAUGUAUUCAAAUUUCUGUAAAUAUUUUGAAAGCAAAUGGCACUUUAAAGUACUUUGGGGAUUUUCCACUCCUCAAGACUUACCAUCUGUGGUUCAGAUUUGGUUUGUACAGAAAAUACCAUAAUCUAGUAAUUUUUGAGUGUGCCCAUGGACUUCUCAGUAGUUAGGCAGAUGGAGGUUUUGGAACUAGGUGUGACUGAGAGGUGAAUAUGAGUGGUUUAUGUUACCUUUGUUCACCCAAGUCAGGAACAGGGUUUUACAGAAAUAGAUUUCAGUAUCAGGGAUUACUAUAAGGCAUGGGGGAACUCAGGACUGUUGUCUCUGUUCUGGAUGGCACUCAUGCUGACAGGUCACCUGAGGUGCAAGGCAGGUGACACUAUCUUUCAGCUUAUGUUUGUCAGAAGUAAAGGUUUUCCAUGACUUCAUCUCACAUGAAAUGAAGUAACAGAUCCAUUCAGAGAACAGGAAGUUCAGAUGCUGAAGUACGAACAAACCACACCAAGUCUCUAUUUCUUGUGUAACCUCUUUCAGUGAUGCUGAUAAUCUCCUGAAUUAUCCAGUGACUUUGGAGACAGUUGUGUUCGGGUACUACAGACCUUUUAAUUUUCAAAGUCUUUCCAUUUAGAAUCUCACCUAACCUGCUUUUUCCACUAGCACAGAAUCCGCUAUGAACUGGGUAAAUUAACAAUACAAACUCUCUUACCUAUACUCAGAAGUCUAAGUUCACUUAAAAGAAAAAAGAAAAUGUCAAAAUGCUGUAAUGGAUAAAGGUAGAAAAGAAUGCCUAUAAAAUGAACAUAUGUUAAAAUUCUGGAGAAUAAAGUUGAAAGUAUAUGCCAGCACUUUAUGACAAAGUUGUUAUUCCUAAAAAUUUUUAUUAUUGCAUCUGAUGUUUACAUUUCUGACUACUUUUGGAGCUAACUUAUCUUUAAAUAAAUGAAACUUUGGCAUAUUCAAGGAACGUAAGUUUUGUAGACUUAAGUUUCCGUUAAGUACAAAUAAAAAUAUACCUUGAAUCAGA